CACAACGUCAACAUGUUUUAUAAGUUUCAUAAAUAAUUUAUAGUUUCUUAAAUAAAAAUGCUAUGAACACGUUACCGUGAGAUUUACUGAAAUCAAUAUAAAGAGCGAUGACUUCUGACUAAUAACUCAUUUUAACAACGUAGAACAUAACCUAUAAAUUGUUGCGCCAAGAUAAUUUAAGUUUAUAGAGAUUAAGUACGAAAUUGGUUGAUAGCGGACACCUUUAUAUUCCAUUGUUCAAAAGAAUUUCUUUAAGAGGCAUUAAGCAGCAAGAAGACUAAUAAUGUAUGUGAUGCAAUGUUCUGGCUUAUUAUCAAAACAACUGAGUUCGAAUUGCAUUCGAAAUGGAACCAGGUUAGCAUCUUCUUUUGGUCAGUAUGAGAAUUGUGGAAGAUUUUGUGAAUAUCGCAAUAGAGUAGCAUUGUGGUUGAAACAACAAAGCGGUCAGGUAGCCAAAGCUUGUGCCAGGCAGUUUGAAUUCAUUGCUGCCCAACGUAUUCGAAGGAGCUUCCAGAUAUUUCAUUUAUAUACACAAAUAUGGGACGAAGUAGCACUUAAGGAAUUUAUGAAAAAUUGGAAACGUCGUACAAUGAGGAAUGCUAGACAUUUUCUAACGAGCAGCAUUGGUGUAACAGUGUACAAUUGGGACCGUGAAAGGAUAAAUGAAGAAGAACUCAAUAGCUGUAGACGGGAUAUUGAAGAAAUUCACAAAUUAAAGGACAUUACAGUUAUUUGUCCAAAAUGUCACCUAAGAAUUAUGAUAGAUGCUCAGCAACCUGGCAUAAAAUAUUGCACAUGCUAUGGCAAUAAAUUUAAUGCUACUUCUAAUCAAGAUCCAGAGGGAUGGAGACCGUACUUAGAACGACAAGAUAUGCUCAUUUGGAGGAGGGAAGAACCAAACUCCGGAGGAUUAUUUGCUUAUAAAGUAUAUGGUACAUUUUCGGAUGUUACUGCUGAAGAUUUUCUGCAAACCCAGAUAGAUUUGGAUUACAGGAAGAAGUGGGAUUUAACUGCCCGAGAAUUAAAAAUUAUAGAUACUGACCCAAAAUCGGAAAAGUCUGUUGAUAAUGGUACUGAUGUUAUAUAUUGGGAAACGAUAUGGCCGAGAUUAUUUACAAACAGAGACUAUGUAUAUCAACGACGAUGGAUUAUGGACAAAGAAGAACAGUUAAUCGUAAUUAUAAGUAAAGUAACAGAACAUCCUAAUGCUCCUACCAAACCAGGAAUAUACAGAGUCACAACGUAUUGGUCGUACAUGGUGAUAAGGCCUUAUACAGAACUCCACCAACCAGGCAUCGAAUUUGGAUUGACGUACUUUGAUGAUCCUGGUGUGAAUAUUCCAUCUGCUAUUACUGCAUGGGUUGCAAUGUCAGGAUUGCCAGACUUUUUAAUUCGUAUGAGGCAAGCGUCGAAAAAUUAUCAAAGUUAUAAAUCUGCAAAAGAGAGUACAAAUAUUUCUAAUGCUACUCAUAUUUCUUUGAGCGACGAUAAUGUUUCUAAGCGAAACACGGAGGAAAAUAACACACAAAACGAUAAAGAGAGUGAAAUAGUGAGCGAAAGAGAUACGAUGGAAUGUGAUCUUGUUGAAGUCGAGACCCUGACGUUCCCAGAAACGCAAGUAUGCGACGAGAGCGACGAAGAUAUAGAUAGUACAGCAGAUACAACCGACGAAGGCAGGAGUUCAUUACGUUAUUUUUUUCUUACAAAGUUAUUUGUCUGACCAAUAAUUGCAAUAUAUUUGAAAUAAUGAAAUUGGUUUUGGCCAAUAGAAAGUCUUUAACAUGACGUUGUACGGGCAGAAUGGUAAUGACCGCGAUCGCGAUACAAAGAUACAGGUACGAAUAAGUGGAUACAUUGGAUUACCGGGGUUGCAUCGAAGAUGAUACCGAGAACGAAAUGUGUUUAUAUCAAAUUAGAAGAAUUUUGGAAAUUGACAAGUAGCAUUUUGUUUUUAUGGUAUUCUUUAUUGCAACAAACACGAGACUGAUAUUUGUAAUUAGUUUCAUUUACGCUAUUCAUUGUAUGGUACAAAAGAAAAAUAUGGGAAGAAGAAUGUAUUCAAUUGUAAAAAAAUGUAAGAUAAAUUACAAUUUGUACAUGAUCUUUUUGUCUACAUAAUUUUACACAGCCAAAAUACUAUGUUGUAUUUAUGUACACUGGGGGUAGUGAAAAUAUAAAUAGUUGCAUAAAAUAUGGAGAAUUAAUUUUCUACAAGUAUAUAUAUCAGAUUUUGUUAUGUACAAUUAUAUAUAUAUGUGUCUAUAUAAUGGAAUCGAUUCACAUUCAUUACUUAUAUAAAUUGUAAAUAAUCUGUGUAAUGUAACACAUGUUAAUGUAAUACAAAUCUUAAUAUAAUACACAGUAAUCUAAUAUAUUAUACAAGACGUUUGCAAUAUCAUGCAAAAGAAGCAUGUAAAUGUUUUAUAUUUUAAUAUUUCGUACCAAUCUCGGGAGAAAAUAUCGUGGAAACAAAGCUUUGUAUUGUGUAUUUGAAAUUGUUCAACAACUUUGUUCCCAUCUAUGUAUUACCUCCAUCUAACAAUACUGUCUUUCAAAUAUUUCUACCUCAAUAAAACUUUUUGAUAUUAA